UCUAUAAAUGCUGCCUGCUGGAGGACCUGGAGAAAGAGUCCUCCUGCAUCCCAGACAGGGGCCAGGACAAUGGCCCUGGUCCUAUGGGCCUUUGGCCUGCUGGGCUCAGCUUGUUUGGUGUCAGCCAACAUCUUUGAAUACCAGGUGGAUGCCCAGCCACUUCGGCCAUGUGAGCUGCAGAGGGAGAGGGCAUUUCUGAAGCGCAUGGAGUAUAUCCCCCAGUGCUCUGAGGAUGGCAGCUUCCAGACCAUCCAGUGCAGAAAUGAUGGCCGCUCCUGCUGGUGUGUGGAUGCCGAUGGCAGGGAAGUUCCAGGCAGCAGGCAGUCCAGGAGACCGGCAGCCUGCCUGUCCUUUUGCCAGCUGCACCGACAGCAGAUCCUAUUGAAUGGCUACCUUAACAGCACGGCCACAUCCUAUCUGCCUCAGUGCCAGGACUCGGGAGACUAUGCAUCCGUGCAGUGUGACCUGUGGCAGACAGAGUGCUGGUGUGUGGACACAGAGGGGAUGGAGGUGUACGGCACCCGCCAGCUGGGGAGGCCAACACGAUGUCCAAGGAGCUGUGAGAUCAGAAACCGUCGUAUUCUCCACGGGGUGGGAGACAAGUCACCCCCUCAGUGUUCUCCAGAGGGGGAGUUUCUGCCUGUUCAGUGCAAGUUUGUCAACACCACAGACAUGAUGAUCUUCGAUCUGAUCCACAGCUACAACAGGUUUCCAGAUGCAUUUGUGACCUUCAGUUCCUUCAAGAGCAGGUUCCCAGAGGUGUCUGGCUACUGCCACUGUGCUGACAGUCAAGGGCGGGAACUGGCUGAGACAGGUUUGGAGCUGUUACUGGAUGAAAUUUAUGACACCAUUUUCGCUGGCCUGGACCUGACUUCUACUUUCACUGAAUCCACUCUGUACCGGAUAUUGCAGAGACGGUUCCUAGCAGUCCAGUUAGUCGUCUCUGGAAGAUUCCGAUGCCCCACCAAAUGUGAAGUGGAGCGAUUUGCAGCAGCUAGCUUUGAUCACCCCUACAUUCCAAGCUGCCACCGAAAUGGGGACUACCAGGCUGUGCAGUGCCAGACACAGGGGCCAUGCUGGUGUGUGGAUGCCCAGGGGAAGGAGAUCCCCGGAACUCAGCAGUGGGCAGGGGAGCCACCUUCUUGUGCUGGAGACCAGUCUUGCUCCUCAGAAAGGCAGCAGGCCUUGUCCAGGCUCUACUUCGGGCCCUCUGGCUACUUCAGCCAAAGCAACUUGUUUCCUGCCCCUGAGGAAGAACAGGCUUCUCUGGGAGGAACGAGGCCUGCCACAGCCUGCCCAUCUCAGAUCAAGCAGCUCUUCGUUGACUCGGGGCUUCUUCACCUCAUGACGAAAGGGCAGGACCCACAGGCCUCUGCAUUCCAAAGUCUUCUUGGAGAGGCUACAAGAGCUAUUUUUCCCUCCCGAGAGCUGGCCCGUCUCGCCCUUCAGUUUACCACCAACCCAAAGCGGCUCCAACAAAACCUCUUUGGAGGGACAUUUUUGGUGAACCUUGGCCAGUUUAACUUGUCUGGAGCCCUUGGAAUGAGAGGCACAUUUAACUUCAGUCAGUUUUUCCAGCAGCUUGGUCUCUCGGGCUUCCUGAAUAGAGGGGGAGCAGUAGAGCCAGUCAAACUACCUUCUGUAGUGCUAGAUGUAAAUUCUGCCACAAAAUCCCUCUCUAUGAAUAAGACAAUUGUGGGCAGCUUUGGAUUUCAAAUCAAUGUGCAAGAAAACCAAAAUGCCUUAAAGUUCAUCGUCUCUCUGCUGGAGCUUCCAGAAUUCCUUCUCUUCUUGCAGCGGGCUCUUUCUGUGCCAGAAGAUGUGGCAAGGGACGUGGGUGAUGUGAUGGGGAUGGUGCUCAGCUCCCAGGCCUGUGGACAGAGCCCUGGAAGGCUCUUUGUCCCCUCAUGCACAGAGGAAGGAGGUUAUGAGGAUGUCCAGUGUUUUGCUGGAGACUGCUGGUGUGUGGACUUUUGGGGCAAAGAAAUUCCUAAUUCAAGAGUCCGAGGUGGACAGCCAAGGUGCCCCACUGAAUGUGAGAAGCAAAGGGCUCGCAUGCAAAGCCUCAUACGCAACCAGCCAGCCGGGGCCAGCGUGUUUGUCCCUUCUUGUAGCACUGAGGGGCAUUUCCUGCCUGUCCAGUGCUUCAACUCAGAGUGCUACUGCGUUGAUUCUGAGGGUCGGGCUAUUCCCGGAACUCAGAGUCCACUUGGGGAACCCAAGCAGUGUCCCAGCCUCUGUCAGUUACGGGCUGAGCAAGCUUUCCUAGGCAUGGUACGGACUCUUCUCUCUAACUCCAGUGUGCCACCCACCCUCUCCAGCAUCUACAUCCCACAGUGCAGUGUCAGUGGGCAGUGGCAGCGUGUACAGUGUGAUGGGCCACCAGAGCAGGUCUUCGAGUGGUAUGAUCGAUGGAGGGCUCAGAACCCUGAGGCCAAGGAUCUGAGCCCUGCCAGCCUUCUGAUGACCCUCAUAAGCUAUAAAAGAGAAGCCUCUGGAAAUUUCCACCUCUUUGUUCAAACUCUGUAUGAGGCUGGCCAACAAGGUAUCUUCCCAGUGCUGGCACCAUUUGCCUCCCUCCAGGAAGUCCCACCAGCCGUGUUGGAAGGGAACCUGACUCUGUCUACAGAGAACCUCUUUCUGGAGCCCUACUUCUUCUGGCAGAUGCUAAAUGGUCAGCUCAGCCGGUACCCAGGGCCCUACUCAGACUUUAGCAAGCCAUUGGCACACACAGACCUCCGGAGCUGCUGGUGUGUGGAUGCGGCUGGGCAGGAGCUGGAGGGCACGAGGGCCAGACCAAACCAAGUCCCAGCAUGUCCUGGCUCCUGUGAAGAAGUGAAGCUCGAUGUCCUGCAGUUCAUUAAGGAAACAGAAGAGAUUGUUUCAGCUUUCAACACCUCUCGGUUCCUUGUGGGGGAGAGUUUCCUGAUAGCCAAAGGAAUCCGGCUGACCAGUGAGGAACUCAGACUUCCUCCACACUUCCCAUCCCAGGAGGCUUUCUUUGAGAAGUUUCUGCGUGGGCGUGAUUAUGCCAUUCGGUUGGCAGCUCAGUCUACCUCGAACUUGUAUCAGAGACUCCGCACUUCCCAGGAUGACUGGUCUGAAACAGCUGUCCCUCUCCGGUCGGGCCCCUAUGUGCCACAGUGUGACGCAUCUGGAAACUGGGAGCCCAGGCAAUGCCACAUGGGAACUGGUUACUGUUGGUGUAUGGAUGCAAAGGGCGAAUUCAUCCCCAACUCACUGACUGCCCGCUCCCCACAGGUCUUGCAGUGCCCCUCGCCUUGUGAGCAGUCUCGAGCCAAUGGGCUGCUUUCUGGCUGGAAACAGGCUGGAUCCCAAGGAGACCCAUCUCCAGAAGGCCUGUUCAUCCCCACCUGCCUAGAGACAGGAGAGUUUGCCAGGAUGCAGGUGUCAGGGGCUGGUGCCUGGUGUGUGGACCCUGUAUCAGGAGAAGGGAUGCAGCCCAGCACAAACGGCAGCACCCAGUGCCCAGGCCUCUGCAGUGUUCUCAGAAAUAGAGUCCUGUCCAGGACAGUCAGCCCAGGAUACACCCCAACCUGCGGGACAGAGGAUGGAGCCUUUUCACUGGUGCAAUGUGACCCAGCCCAGGGCAGUUGCUGGUGUGUCCUGGACAGUGGAGAGGAGGUGCCUGGGACCCACGUGGUGGGCAGCCAGCCUGCCUGUGAGCGCCCUCAGUGUCCACUUCCCUUCUUGAGCCUGUCGGAUAUGCCUGGUGGAGUGAUCCUCUGCAAGAGAGCCUCAGGCCUGGGAGAGGCCACCGUCCAGCAGUGCCAGCUGUUUUGUCGCCAGGGUUACCGAAGUGCAUUCCCAUCGGGGUUGCUGGUGUGCAAUCUGGAGAGCAAACGCUGGGUGUCGCAACCACCUCAGCCCCUGGCCUGCCAGCGGCCUCAGCUGUGGCAGACGGUGCAGACUGGAGCACACUUCCAGAUCCUGCUCCCACCAGGCAAGAGGUGCAGUGCUGACUACUCGGGACUGCUGCAGGCAUUCCGGGUCUUCAUACUGGAUGAACUGAUGGCCCGUGGCUUCUGUCAUGUCCAGGUGCCAACCGCUGGGACUCUGGUUUCCCAUCCUGUCUGUGACAACUCCUCGGUCCAAGUGGGGUGUCUGACUGCGGAGCAUCUAGAAGUGAAUGUCACAUGGAAGUCCCAGCUCAAGGACAUUCCAGCAGCCUCUCUUCCCGAUGUGCACGACAUUGAAAGGGCCUUGGUGGGAAAGGAUCUCCUUGGACACUUCACAGCUCUGGUCCAAAGUGGCACAUUCCAGCUUCACCUGGAUUCUAAGACGUUCCUGGCAGACACCUCCAUCCGCUUCCUUCAAGGGGACAGCAGCUUUGGUGCCUCUCCCAGAACGUGGUUUGGAUGCAUGGAAGCAUUCUACCAAGUCUUAGCUACCAGCGAGGCCAGCAGAGACCCUCUGGGAUGUGUUAUGUGUCCUGAAGGAAGCUAUUCUCUGGAUGGGCAGUGUGUUCCCUGUCCUGUUGGGUUCUACCAAGAAGAGGCAGGCAGUGUGGCCUGUGUCCCGUGUCCUGCAGGCAGAACAACCGCCGCCAUUGGAGCUUUCAGCCAGAGGCACUGUGUCACUGACUGUCAGAGGAAUGAGGCAGGCCUGCAGUGUGACCAGGAUGGCCAGUACCAAGCCAGCCAGAAAGACGAUGCCAGUGGGACAGCCUUCUGCAUGGACAGCGAGGGGCACAGGCUGCUGUGGUCACAGACAGAGGCCCCACUCUCCGACUCCCAGUGUCUGAUGAUGCAGAAAUUCGAGAAGGCUCCGGAGUGGAAGGUGAACUUCAGUGCUGCUGCUCCUGGGAUGGUCAGAUCCAAAGUUCCUGGUUCUGACUCCCCACUGAUGCAGUGCUUGGCAGACUGUGCAGAGGACCAGGGCUGCAGCUUCUUCACCAUGUUCACCACAGAGUCAGAAGUUGCAUGCGAUUUCUACAAUUGGACAAGUGACAACUUUGCCUGUACUACGUCUGCCCAGGAACAGGAUGCUCUGAGGAGCUUGCAGGUCACUGGCUUUGGAAGUCUUAUGUGCCAAGUGAAAGUGAGGAACCGCAAUCAAAAGUCUCUGGCCGUAUAUUUGAAAAAGGGCCAAGAAUUCACCGCAGCAGGCCAAAAGACCUUUGAGCCCACUGGAUUCCAAAACACGCUGUCUGGAUUGUACGACUCCGUGAUGUUCUCAGCCUCAGGGGCCAACCUGACUGAUGCUCACCUUUUUUGUCUUCUCACCUGUGAACGUGAUGCCUGCUGUGAUGGUUUCAUUCUCUCCCAGAUGCCAGGAGGGCCUCUCAUCUGCGGGCUGCUGAGCUCCCCCGAUGUCCUCGUUUGCAACGAUGACGAUUGGAAGGACUCCUCCAAAGUCCAGGCCAACACCACGUGUCCUGGAGUGACAUAUGAACAGGGGUCCCAUCAGGUGACAUUUCUUCUAGGAGGCCAGGAGUUUGUGAAAAGUCUGGCGCCCCUGGAAAGAGCUCCACGCACUGUUAUCGGUUUCCAGCAGGUUUAUCUCUGGAAAGAUUCUGACAUGGCAUCUAGGCCUGAGUCUCUGGGAUGCAGAAAAGAUGUGGUACCAAGGUCUGAAUCUUCAGCAGAGACAGGUUCCACAGCAGAACUUUUUUCCCCCGUGGACCUCAGCCAGGUCAUUGUCAGUGUAAACAGGUCUCUGCCUAGUCAGCGGCACUGGCUUUUCAAACACCGCUUUUCUGCCCAACAGGCAAAGCUGUGGUGCCUUUCUCGUUGCUCCCAGGAGCCCUCCUUCUGUCAGCUUGCAGAGGUAACAGACAGUGCACCUUCAUACUUCACCUGCUCCCUCUACCCGGAUGCCCGGGUGUGUGAUGAUGUUCUGGAACCCAAUGCCCAGGGCUGCAGCCUGGUCCUGCCCCAGCAGCCCGGAACCCUGUUACAGAAGAAAGUUGUACUGAACAGCAGAGUGAAGAACUUUUAUACUCGUCUGCCAUUCCAGAAACUGGCAGGGAUUUCCAUCAGAAACAAAGUGCCCAUGUCUGAAAAACCCAUUUCCAAUGGGUUCUUUGAAUGUGAGCGACUGUGUGAUCUGGACCUGUGCUGCACUGGAUUCGGAUUUCUAAAUGUAUCUCAGUCAAAAGGAGGAGAGCUGACAUGUCUAACUCUGAGCAGCAUGGGAGUUCAGACGUGCAGCGAGGAAAGUGGAGGAGCCUGGCGUAUCCUGGACUGUGGCUCUCCUGACACGGAAGUCCGCAUCUACCCCUUUGGGUGGUACCAGAAGCCUGUUGCUCAGAGUGACGUCCCCAGUUUCUGCCUGCCGGCUGUUCCACCUGCCUUUACCAAGAAGGUUGCUCUGGACUCAUGGCAGUCCCUGGCUGUCUCCUCAGUAGCUGUAGAUCCAUCCAUCAGGCAUUUUGAUGUCGCCCACAUCAGCACUAUUGCCACCAACUUCUCAGCUGCCCGAGACUUCUGCUUGCAGGAAUGUUCCCAUCACCAGGCCUGCAUCACCACCACUCUGCAGACCUGGCCUGGGGCCACACGGUGUGUGUUCUACCCUGACACCCAGAGCUGCACACACACCCUGCAGGGCCAGAGCUGCCAGCUCCUGCUCCGCGAAGAGGCCAUCCACAUCUACCGCAAGCCUGGCACCACUUUGCUCCGCUCGGAGGGAGGAUCUGUGCCUUCUGUGCUCAUAGCUCCUCAUGGCUGGCUACAGGGCAGAUCCCAGGCUGUUCAGGUGGGCACUGCAUGGAAACAAGUGGACCAGUUCCUUGGAGUUCCCUAUGCCUCUCCACCACUAGCAGAGAGACGCUUCCGGCCCCCAGAGCCCUUGAACUGGACAGGAUCUUGGGAUGCCACUAAACCAAGGGCCAGCUGCUGGCUGCCAGGCGUCCACACACCCACGCCCCCUGGAGUCAGUGAAGAUUGCUUGUAUCUCAAUGUGUUUGUCCCAGGGAACCUGGCCUCCCGCGCACCUGUGCUGGUGUUCUUCCACAACGCUGCGGAGGAGGAUGUCAGCAAAGGACAGCUGGCGAUCGACGGCUCCUUUCUGGCCGCUAUUGGCAACCUCAUUGUGGUCACUGCCAACUACCGGACAGGAGUCUUCGGCUUCCUGCGCUCUGGGUCCAGUGAGGUGACCGGCAACUGGGGACUGCUGGACCAAGUGGCAGCUCUGACCUGGGUGCAGAUCCACAUUGGCGCAUUUGGCGGGGACCCUCGGCAAGUUUCCUUGGCCGCCGACCGAGCUGGUGCGGACGUGGCCAGCAUCCACCUUCUUACAACCAGAGCCGCUGGCCCUCGGCUCUUCCGGAGGGUUCUGCUGAUGGGCGGCUCCGCACUCUCCCCAGCGGCCAUCAUCAGCCCCAGCAGGGCACAGCAGCAGACUAUGGCUUUAGCAGAGGAGGUCAACUGCCCUACCUCAUCCAGCAGUGAAGUGGAAUCCUGCCUGCGCCAGACACCCGCCAACAUCCUCAAUGAUGCCCAGACCAAGCUCCUGGCAGUGAGUGGCCCUUUCCACUACUGGGGUCCUGUAGUAGAUGGCCAGUACCUUCUCGAGGACCCAGCCAGAGCCCUGAGGAGGCCUCCUCUGGCCAAGAUCGAUCUACUCAUCGGGAGCUCUCAGGACGAUGGGCUCAUUAACAGAGCCAAGGCAGUAAAGAGAUUUGAGGAAAGUCAAGGUCGGACUGAGAGCAAAACAGCCUUUUACCAGGCACUGCAGAACUCCCUGGGUGGCGAGGACUCGGAUGCCAGCGUCCUGGCUGCAGCCACGUGGUACUACUCCUUGGAGCACUCCCAGGAUGACUACGCCUCCUUCUCCAGGGCGCUGGAGAAUGCCACCCGGGACUACUUCAUCAUCUGCCCCACGAUCGACAUGGCCAGACGCUGGGCAAAGAGGGCCCGGGGGAACGUCUUCAUGUAUCACGCCCCAGAAAGUUACGGCCAUGGCAGCCUGGAGUUGCUGGCUGAUGUUCAGUAUGCCUUUGGACUUCCUUUUUACCCUGCGUAUAAGGGGCAGUUUUCCCUGGAGGAGAAGAGCCUGUCACUGAAAAUCAUGCAGUUCUGGUCCAACUUCAUCAGAUCUGGAAAUCCCAAUUAUCCACAUGAGUUCUCAUGGAAGGCACCUGAGUUUGCAGCCCUCUGGCCUGACUUUGUACCAGGGGCUGGUGGAGAGAGCUACCAGGAGUUCAGCAGCAUGCUUCCCAUUCGCCAGGGCCUGAAACAAGCUGACUGCUCCUUUUGGUCCAAGUACAUUCAGGUCCUGAAGACACCAGCAGAUGCAGCUCUAGAUGGGCAGUCAACAGAAAGUGAAGAUGAGGGUUUAUUGGCUGGGUCUGAACUGGAACCAAACUUCCUGGACCUCCCAGAGCCAGGUUCCAAGAGCUACAGCAAGUGACAUCCCGUGAUCGCUCCUAACCCGCCCACCAUGUUCACUUCAUUCUCUAGAAUAGCCUCUUGCUUUUAAUAAAGUUUCCACAUGCAUUAACA